UAAUCGUUUGUUGACAUGUACGUCACCAGUGAUCCACGAUGGCGACGUCGAAGGACUUUGCGGUUCUCGAUUUACAGAAUGAUCCACAAGGCCUUGGUGUCGAUCUGCAGUUUCAAGAUUUUGGCGAUGCCCGUGUGCAGCCUGUAGGGUCUGGGGCAGGAGGUGGCAGUCAGCAUGAACAGACCAUCCACUUCACAGAGUUCCCUGACUCACCUGAGGACGACCCAGAGCAAGAGAAGGUCAGUCCCAAGAAAAAGAAACGUAAAAUGGAUGUUGAUAGCACCCCAGUUUUGUCGUUCCUUCCUCUGGAGGUAAACGUACGUGCAGUCCUACAAGAGAGCAUGCAUGGACUGGUGGACCUUGUACAAGUUGCAGCUCUGCAGGUUAGAGAGAAGAAGCUGACAUCACGUGCAGUCAAGGAACUGGCGAUCAAGCUGCCUGUUUCCUCAUUAAGUCACUUGAAAAGAGUGAAGAGGAUUGUUUCAUGUGCAAAAGCAGGUGAAGACAUUUCAGAAACUAAACUUGGAAGAGAGGAUGCAAUGGUUGUAUACUUGGACUACUUGGAAAACUUUGGCAUUCCAUGUAUAGAGCACUGGGAGGGUGAUAAUAUCAACAUCCUGACUGCAGAUGAUUCUGCCAAGGUUUUGACCAGGCUCAAGGAGAGUGACAUUGACACUUCCCUGUUUGAGGAACGGGUGUUUGCCUCCAAAGUGGCCAAGUAUGCUCCAAGAAUAAGGAAAAUAUAUGAUCAGGCAGCCUUGUACUGGCCCUGCACAUUCCAUGAAGAUACUUAUCUUACACAGCUUUCUUCUUCCAAUUUCUUCAGUGAGGAAGAGGUGAAGUUGAUUGUCCACAACAUGAAUAAAGCAAUCCAGUUAGGUCACAUAGCCAGCAAAAAUGGGGCCCCAGCCAUUGGAACUGUCAUAGUGAAUGAUCUGAAAGGUACUAUAGUUGGUCAAGGCAUUGAUGCUAGGCACAGACACCCAUUGCAACAUGCUGUAAUGUUGGCUGUUGAUGAUGUAUCCCAUCAGCAAGGAGGUGGAGCAUGGUCAAAGCAGAAGUUGCCAUCACAAAUUGAUGAUGAAUUGCAUUUUGUGGAUGGUGAAAAUGGUGAAUUAGAAGCAGGGACUGAUGCAUCAAGACCAGCCAGCUGUGCAGAUGAAAAUAGAGUCCAGAAGUCUGAGGAAAAAAAUAAUUGCAAUAAUGCAAGUGAUGUUAACACUCAGAAUAAUGCAACCAGUAAUCCUAUAUUUGCUUCUCAGAGUAUAAACUGCAACAGUGCAUGUGAAAGUAUAUCAUACAUAUGCACUGGAUUUGAUGUGUAUAUAAGUCAUGAACCAUGCAUGAUGUGUGCCAUGGCACUUUUGCAUUCAAGGGUGUGCCGUAUAUUCUAUGCCUGCCCACAGCCUCAGUUUGGUGCUCUUGGGUCACUUACUAAGUUGCAUACUCUCCCAGGGAUCAAUCAUAGAUAUGAAGUCUUUACAGUCACAAAAAGGACAGCCAACUUAACUUCAUAUCUUGAGUUGAACCAUAUUCAUGUUGACAAAUGUAGAAGAGGAUACUUCUCCUACCAUAGUCAUAGCCGGGAGAAGCAGUGGCUAUUGAACCAUGAUGGCAAACAAUUGCUCUCCAGUCUUACCUUGUUGUCAAGUAUAAAUUCAGGCCAGCAGAAGAGGAUUGUUACCCUUUGGUCUGGUUUUCAUCUCAUGGGUGACGAAGAAGGUGGCGAGCCGGUGGGACUCAAGGCAGGAGCCUCCUUUUGGAACUUUGAGUUUUACCAGCAGUUUUUUGAUGUGGAGAGCAAGCAAGUGGGCGAUCGCAUCAUCUGGUCUAUGGUGCCGAAGCCAGGGGUCAGCUACCUGCAGUCAUACAUUCGUCCCAACCCUGAUCUGUAUGGUCCAUUCUGGAUUUGUAUGACCCUAGCCUUUACUACAGCAAUCACCGGGAAUUUGGCAAACUACUUGUUAACCAAACCAGAAGACACGUAUAUAUGGAGAUAUGAUUUCCACAAAGUUACUCUAGCCGCCACCGCCAUCUUUGCAUAUGCGUGGCUUGUGCCCUUGGCUGUGUGGGGCAUACUGAUAUGGAGAGGAUCCCGGGCAAAGAUCUCACUACUAGAAUUACUCUGCAUUUAUGGCUAUUCCCUUGCAAUUUUUGUUCCCGUGUCGAUUCUCUGGAUGGUACCGCAACCCUGGUUCAAGUGGUGUCUCGCAAUUGUUGCCCCUGUCCUAAGCGGGAGUGUUUUGGUGCGCACUGUCUGGCCCUCACUCUCGCAUGACACCAAGCAAGUGGCCAUUACUAUUGCUGCAUUUAUAUUGAUCCUUCAUGCAACCCUUGCUCUUGGCUUUAUGUUGUACUUUUUCACUGCACCUGACCGGAAGGCAACGCCUGUCGUCCCAGUGACACCGGCAGCCAAUCCCAAUGACAAGGAAGGAGCAGCCACACAAAGCCCAAGCAAAAACGUGGCAGCUGUAGAUAUUGAUGCCAAGGCCAAGGAAGUGAAAGAAGGCAUAGAAAAGAUGGAUCCAGAUAAGGGGGAUAAGGUUGUUAAAAAGGACCAAGCUGCAGCAGCUCCAGCCCCAGAGAGCAAGAAGCAGGAGAGGAACACACCUCCCUUGGCUGAAGCAGGAGAUAAGUUGAAGAGCAAUGAUGGUGUGUCAGCUGUUUCUGUAAAGAGUGAAAGCAAAUUGAAGAAUAAUCCCACAAGUGAAGAAGAGGAGAAAAGAGACACUGUAAGUGAAGAUAAGUCAAACUCCAACACCAAUGUGUCAGCUUAGACAGAAAUAUAACUGUUAUAGAAAAAAAUGAUGGCAAAGAAUUAUUUUAGUGAAUUGUACAGUUGAUUGGACUAGUGUAUGCAGAGCUUGUUGAUAUUUCUCUACGACUUUUUUGAUUUCAGUGGGUUCCAUAUCAUCCAUAAGAUAUACACAUCCAUUCCAAAUAUAUUGUUUAUUUCUAAGAGUACACAUGGUUCUAUACACUAAAGAAGUGAAUGGGGGGGAAUAUGUCUUUAGCCAUGCUGUCAAGUCCAGAGACACAGAUGCUGAACAUUUUCUGUUCCACACAUAUAUAUGUAUAACUUACACAUGUAAUCCCUGCACAGUUUUGGUUGUUUUGUUAGUUGUGCACCAUUGUGUGAUUAAUCAAACACUAAUUUGUUCAUUUUUUCAUGUCAUUUAUUGUGGUGACCAGACUGUAAUUCUGAACACUGGACGUACUUUUGUAAAGAAAAAAAUGGAGCUAUCUUAUUGUCUCUUUUUUAUAGACUGCAUUGGAACAAAAGUAUUGGCAUAUGCAGGAGCAAGAGAGAAGUAUCAAGUCACAGACUGUUACUUCUGUUUCAUUGAAUUGUUUUUUGGGGUUCCAAAGUACUUAGUUAUUGAAUUAGAGAGUACAGGUAGAAAUUUAAAAGUUUCAUAACAUUUCUGAACAGUGUAUUGUAAAUGGGAACAAAGGUGUAAUUUGGUAAGCUAAAUAGCAGAUUCGGCACACUACUGUCUAUAUCUGCUUCCCACUUUUGAUUAUGGUUAUGAAUGACUCUCAGUUCCACAUCAGAUCAGAGAAUGACAUCUCAUCAUCUAAGUUACUUCCUUACUUUCCUUGAAAACAAAAAGUGCAAUACAUAUACAAGAUUUUUUGUAUAUAUAUAUCACAUGUUGUCAUUUAUAAAAUUACUGUAGUACACCAUUAAAUAGGUUGGCAUUAUCAGAGAUGAUUAGUAUACUACCUGAACAAGCUUCAAUAUUUUUAUUUGUGUAUGAGAAGUUGGAUUAUUACAAGUUUUGCUUUGCAUGAGAAUAUAUAACUCUGUAUGUUAAAAGUUUGUUCAUUUGUCUAGGGAUGUAUAAGUAAAGUAGGUGAUUACUUAAGGCAUCUGUUUUAUAAUCCAUCCUUUUGCACUAAAUAUGGCUGUGAUAUUGUCACAGGGUGCACUGUGGUAAAAGCUAUAGUUCAUAAUGGCAGUGGGCAAUUUUGUUUAUGAAGUGCUUCUAUAUUGAACAAUUAUCAGGAAGAUCAGAAUGUGGAUUGUUUGAAAUAAGGAAUGUAAGUAAUUUUUAGAGAAUAUUAUAAGGGAUAUAAGCUUGUGACUAAUGUGAACUGUUGCUGAUUUUUGAAAUUUAGUUUCUUUCUUAAUAUUAUUCUACUUUCGUGAACCUCUUAUCAUUGAAAGUAUGUGAUUAUUAAUGUAAUAUAAUUCAGGUAAAUUAAUAUAUAUGAAGAUGUGGGGUUACUCAGACACCAAAUUAUGACUUUUGCUUUUUUUCUCUCUCUUUUACACUGAAAUGUAUUGCAGAGGGAGUGAAUGAUAUUCCAGAUGUGAACUUAGAGGGUAGCCUUAGAUUCCACAUAAAAUUAAGAAUAAACAAGCCAAUCUGGAGCUGUCUACUGGCCACUAGACUUGUAAGUUGUCCUGCACAAACAUGAAAAUUUUGAGACAGAAGUAAAUUGGAAAGUAUUUGUAAGAUCCUUAGAUGAUAUUGAAUGCAUGACACAUUAUUUACAGUCCGUUUUUAAAAAUGAUUUGAGAGUUUGUCAUUUUGCCAAGUACUGAGAAUGGGUUUAAUGUGAUACUCUCAGAUGGCAAUGUUAUUGUUUUGUUUUUCCUUUGUGUGAAUGGUAAUUUAUUUCUUUGUUUGCAAAGAAGAGUUUGAUUUUUUUUUAUUUAUAAACAUUCCAUACAUGUGGAGCUUAUAAUAUUAUUCUAAAGAACAAAAAAAAAAAAAAAAAAUAUUGAUAUAAAUCAAGAUAUUGAGGAGAAUGUAUGUAUGGUAUUGGAUAUGUUUUUCUUCCUAUUCUUUUUUGUAAGCUUUAAGUAAGUAAAAUGAUUUCCAAAAUGCAUAGUAUAUUUCUGCUUCCUUGUAAGACAAUUAAGUUUUAGUUUUCAGUUUCAUUUGUAUUAUUGCAAAUGAGGGCAUAAAAGUUCAACACUUUUUAGCUAAUAUGCUGAAUAUUGUAUAUUCAGUGUUAUAAGAUAUAACAUCUUGUAAAUUAGGUGUAUGUAAGACUUUCUGGCAAAAUUUAGAACUGGAACUUGCAGUCAGAAAUAUAGAAAAAAAAUGAUCUUACAAAUUGCUACAUUAUUUGUAUAUUGUUAAUUGUUUGUAUAUAAAUAUUCAGUAGUUUUUAACUUCACUUGAAUUUGCAUUAUUAAUUACAUAAUUUACAGAUAUAACUCCAACAGUAACCACAAUAUAGUCAUUUGAAGUCUUGGUAAAGUGUGUUUCUUUCAUAAGAUGUAUUCAUGUGUUAAAAUUGUGUACCUUUUGAAAGAUGUGUUUGUGUGUUAAAGUGUGUAUCUUUGGUUAGGUUGGUUUAGGUGUGUUAGUGUGUUAAACCCCUGGUAACAAUAAUUUCUCAGGUGCUACAGUUGGUGAGUAUCUUUACUUCCCAGAAAACAGCACAGAAAGAUCCAGUUGUCUUGAGAAGCAUCGACAGAAUUCAUCUUUCUGUCUUUUAUGUAUUGGCGGCUCAGAGAGGAUUGUGCUAAGUGGAUUGAGUAUAGUUGCAUUCUCUGUUUUAUUGAGAAAGAUAUUUAAAUGAAUGUAAUGACUGAGGCAUAAGAGAAAAAUGAGUGAAUGUUUUGUUUGGAACUUCUCAGUAUUUAUGCCUAAGGAAGAUAUAGAUGUGUAUUUUUUAUUUAUUAUUUUUUUUUUUUAAGGUACAAUUAUAUCAUAUCAAUAAUGAUGGUGCCAUUUCAGUUAUGAGAGCAUCAGAUUGAUUCAUAUACCCUCUGGUGUAUGUGUGGCUAUGUAAUUCCAUUUUAUUUCUAUCAUGACAAUCUCUUUGAGUGGGCUUCCUGGUAUUACUGUAAGGAGAUGUAUUAUUUUGUAAUUAAAAUAUGGUUAAUUAACAUUCACAGCACUGUUAACUGUGAAUUGCUUCUGCGUGUUCAUGAAAAAUACUACUCUGUACCAUAUUUUAUUGACGUAUCUAUUUAUUUCAAUUUUAAAUUUAGGAAAAUAUGUAUCGCAGUGGUUUACCAACUGUGUGUGUGUUGUUAAAUGAUUUAAAUAUUUAA